AGACCGAAACUACUACCGAAGCGGUAGGAAACUCAAAAUACGGGGGACUGUUAUACGGUUUACGUUGUUGCGGAAUCGCAGGAGCGUGUGUAAUAUUCUGCAUUUCGACACACGUGUGUUAUCGUGGCCGACCAGUGACUAGGUAGCUAGAUUUCGCGAGAAAGUAAUGCUGGCGCGUUGUCAUUGAGACUUUGUUAGUUUCCGUGAUGAGUCGACUCAAAUCUGAUGAUAUGUAGGUGCGAAUCGAGUUUUAGGACGGCAGCUUCGGAAUUAUGAGGGAAACAACGCUGGCUCUUUCUUCUUGGAUAUUUUUGUUUGUUAUUGCACCUACGACAUGCGUGAACGUCCACUUCGAGAACAAGGACGGCGGCUUCUUCAUCAAGCAGCAGCCGCGUCAGCACUUCCCGCCCCCGCCUCCGUCCCCUGGCGUCGAGACGUCCACCGCCGGGACGCCAGGUGGCCUUUCGGGCGUCCCUCUCUCCGUCGACCGGUUCACGGUGUUCCAGAGCUCGCAGCCCAUUUCGGUGAGAGCCACUUAUGGGCCUUUCAGCACCAAGCAGACCGUGCCUGCUAGGUACAUCGUGCCGGAUCCUUUGCCCUUGAACACGUCAGGCCCGGCCAUCGACCUCCAAGACCAAGCCACCCACCACCUGGACAUGUCCGCGCACGUCGUCCGCUCCGAGGUGCCACGAGACUCUCCCGUGCUGCGCGUGGUCUUCCACACGGGCACCGACCCCGGCGGCCGCAGACAGGUGCUGCUGGCGCGCAGGCGGCAGAAGGUGUGCGUCGCUCUGCACGCGUCCAUGGGAGACAAGACUCCCCUCCACGCCGCUUGCAGUCCGGACGGGGAGGACGGAGUCUGUCUGGCGCAGAUUACCAUUCCAUCUUCUUGGUGGCCGCCGCUGCCAACUCCUGACAAAGAUGGCAGACCAGGUAAAAUCACCAAGACCCCACCUCGAAUCGUCCAGGUUGCCUAUUCGGUCCUGGAGCCCUGGCCAGACGAGGGUGAAGGUUGUCACCCGAAGAUGCAGGUGCAACCUUCGGUGGUGCUCGGUAACGUACCACUCGUCCCUGCCAAAGGGGCCUACAAGGAGGUGAAGCUGGCCGACGCCAUUACUCUGCUGGUUCCGCAUCCGCCUCUUUUUCCAAUGUCCAGAAUGCACGUUCCCGUCUUCGUCGAUAGGCAGAAAGCCAAGCUGCUGACCGCCAUAGUUGUGAGGGCUCGUGUGAAAAGUGGGGUUCAUCUGUUGGAAGCCAUCCCAUCAGGUGCAUCUGCCUGGAAUGUCACUGUGGAUAUAAAUCCCAGACAAACUGCUGCAACCAUCACUCUCGUCAGAAGAGAACCACCAGAUUCCGAAAGUACUGCAAAUGUGGGAGAGGUUCAGGAACUGUUUACUUGGCUUAUCGAAAUUACCGAAGACGCCAUCGAAAACUACGAUGGAAGCAGAAUAGUGUGGACUGCCAGAUACGAACCCCAUCAGGAUGAAUCCGAAGUCGAAUCACACAGAUCUGAAGGAAGAAAAUCUAUUUCCAGAUUCGACAUUCAGAAGGACGAUAUCCAGGCUGUAGUCCCCAUCAGUAAGAAUUGGGAAGUGCUGAACACUGCUGUUCUUACAGGACUGCAAGUCUCGCAGGCCAUGAAGAUUUUCAUCGUUUCACAGGCAGGAAAGGCGGCUGAUGUGACGUACCAGGCCUCCUGUCAUUCUGAGGACGAAAGCGUUCUAAAGGUGUCCUCUUCUUGUGGCUCAGUCUACGUGGACGGCAGCGAGGCACGUGGUUCGGUGAACGGCUCCGUAUUGGUCAAAUACGGCACCUACACCGGCCUGGCCGAGUUCACCGUCUGGAUGCCAGAAUUUCCGCUGGAAUUAUCGGUGGCCGACACGAGAUUAUCGCAGCUGAAAGCUUGGCGGGCGCCGGAUUAUCACCCCAGCGCUUCGAAAUCCAGAAGGAAAAAACGCUCGUACAGCACCGGCUGGGGCCUACCUGGCGAAGACAUGACCAACGGAGUGGAGAAGCCUUUCUGCCGGCUGCGCUACCAACAGACCUCCGUCGAGGUUUACGCGCGCUUUUUCGCCUCCGAUCACUCCUCUGGCCGUACCACGUACCUCAUCAACAGAAGGACGUACCUCAGGGUCACUGACUUAGUGUUACCUUGGCUCAGGGUGAGCGAUCCGAGGAUAGCUAGUCUGCACGGGAGGAUUUUGCAAGGAAGGAGUGUGGGAAGGACGGAAGUGCAAGUGUUGUCUCCGAUAACAAGCAGAGUUUAUGGUUCCAAGGAAGUGAGGGUCGGAAAUGACAAAGUUGCUCUAACGAAACUUUCCGUACAAGUCGUGUCUGGCUUGCAGCUUAACAUAUCCCCUGAUAGUUCUUUGGAAAACGUCUAUGUAGCUGAAACUGGGAUCACUAGAAAAUUGACUGCACAAUACCAGGAGGGCCUCCUGGACAUCGAGCUGGAGUUCUCCGACGGUCAACGAACCCCCCUGCGUGACUUCUCUGACUCUGACUACCACCUGGUGGUCGAGAGCCUCGACCCGGAAGUGGUCGCCUUCGCUCCCAUGGUCGCCUCCCACCACCCGCGGGUCAUCGCCGUGGGGGAAGGGGGCGGCGACCUCCUCCAAGUGACCCUCCUGCUGGCGGAGGAGUGCAGGGUCGGCUCCAGGCCGAGAGGAAAGUCCGGGGGGCCUUUGGCCACCGCUGCUGCUUCUAUCAGCGUGGAUUUCAGCAGCGGAGAUUUGGCGCACCGGCCUGAUAUUCUGCAGAAUGAUGGAGGGAGUUAUAGUGGAGGGAAAGGAAGGGAGUUUUUGGACCUGCAGGAUAUUCUGAAAGGUUCUGCAACGAAAGAUGACGACUCUCAAGAGCCGAACGUCCAAGCUCGCCAAUAUCAAGGAAACAAUAAGGGGGUGCCCAAACAUAGGGUACAAAGUCACUCCACUCCUUUAGAGAUCAGCAUGUAUGUUCUCUUGGCAGCCUUCUGUUGUGCAAUAAUGGUUUUCGUGAUAUCGUGCGUGGUCUACGCCUCGAAAUUCAAACCUCUCGAUCCGGGCAUAACUGCCGGCCUGCACGCAUCCCCUGUGAACCCCAGCAAUAUGGUCAUACACCGUGAACCGCGCAAGCCCAGAGAAUCCACCACCAACGCCCACGACUGGGUGUGGCUGGGUCGCGCCACCGUCGACCACGCCCAUCGAAACUCCGCCCAUUCAACUAACCACGCACAUCGAAACUCCGCCCUCUCGACCACGCCCAAGAGUCUCCCGACAGACAUGCGCAUCAUCGCCAAUCCGCUGAACACGAACUACUGCGACCCCGAGGACGCGUUGGCUACCAGCUUCAGCAACCCGAGUCACAUCGAGUUGCCUAGCAAAGGGGACUUGAACGCCAACAGAUCCGUCGAUAGCAGCACUUAUUGUAAGAGCAAAGUUGGUGAAGGGAUUAGUAACGCUAACAAUAACGAUGAUCUGCAAGUCUGGAAUAAACCAACACCCCCACCACCUCUACCUCCUCACGGCAUUCCCAUGCAGACCCCCCAGGACACCCUCAGCGAUUAUCGUCCUCCCGUACCCCCGCAUCGUAACAUUGGAGUCACCGCCAGCACCACGGCAUCAGAAACUGGACCUGCGAAGAGACCUCAUCACCACCACUACCGGAACAAAAGCCAGGAUAAAUCGAAUAUCCACAGAAAUAAUGCAAAAGCUGAUGAUGGAACUGAUGAGAGCAAACAAGAAGAAAAUAGAGACCAACGCAUGUUCGAAUUUGAUGAUGAACCUCAAGCUUCGGAUUCAAAGAAAGAAGAGAAGAUAGAGUUCGUCCAGUAUCCGAAAUCACCUUCUGUCAAUGGAAAGAGGAAUAGUGCUGAAGUAAAACGAGCAACCAUAGUGGGAAAUCCAAUGUUCAGGGCAGACGACGAUAUUUUGGAGACCAAUAAAACGACAGCCGAAUUGGCAAAUAUCGAUGAUCUUCAAUUGGACAUGGAUUAUGAUCAGAUCAUGCACUAUUUCGAAAAUUUGAAGGAAUCGAAUGCCUGAGUAGAAGAGAUCAUUGCAAAAAUCCGUGACAUACUGUUAUCGUUCAGCGAGCAAUACCGAGCCUCGGCCCUCAACGGCAAUCCAGCCAGCCUGGAUCCCAUCCAGAACGACGCGAGCCAGAGUUUCGACUAUUUUUUCGAUCAUCUCAGCGAAUCGUACGCUUGAAAUAAUCGUUCCUCGCAUCAACCCACUGAGCAAAUCUGGAAGAUAUGUUGAGGCAAGGUUGUAGCAAUUACUGAAACGGAUGUACAGCAAUAUUGCAAAUGUAAAUUUGUAAAUGUAACGUUCCAGCAAUGUUACCUUCGCAAUAUUGCUCUGAACGCCCGUUUCAGUAAUUGUUUCAAUAUUGCAUCAACAUAGCUUUCAACUUUGCUUAGUGGGAAUCCAGGGUCAAUUAACGUUGGGAGCUUGGGACAUUAUAGUAUCAUAAUUAUAUGCCUAUAUCAUCAUGUAUACCCGUUAUGUAAUAACGCAAGACUGAACUUUUACUUAUCAGUUGACCUCAGAGUUGGAAUUUUUAUUGAAGGAAAAUGGUGAAUGUGUAUUUCAUUCAGAUUCAGAUCCAUCUUUUUUCAGGAAGGAGAACUUUGGUUGUGAAAGGUAAAAUUUUGAUUGACAAAUAUGCACUGAUGACGACAAAACAGAACGUUAUAACUGGAUCUUAUCUUGCUUUUUUCAGGUUUGCUUAUGUAAAAAGUGUGAUGAAAGUUUUGAAUUCUCAAUUUGCAAAAUUUCCCACUUUGAAAAACAUUUUUAGGUGUGAAAUAAUGUGAAUUUAUAAAAGUUUGUUUGCUGUUUUAAUGACACUAAAGCCUUGAAAUCAUAAAGAUUCCAUCAUUAAAAGGGUAUAUAGAAAUGAUAGAGGAAAUUUUUGUAAAGGAUGUUUGCAGUGAUCUAAUGAAUUUAAUCUAGUC